AUGAAUCCUUUGAACAGCAACAUAACAAACCGCCAAAAGAAGACUACAGUCUCGGCUGCAUCCAGUCAACAAAGAAGUCCAAUUACUUUAGACAGCACCGGAUAUAAUGAUCUAUUGGAUGAAAUAAAAAGCUAUAUGAGGGGACUGUUGGAUAGUCAAACGGAGAGCAUACGACAGGGAAUUGCUGAAAUUAAAAACGCCAUCGAAAGCCAAAACCAGCGCUUAGAUCAACUGGAGGCACGGAUUUCUUUAUUGGAAACAAAGCCAGAGAACAUACAGCCCCCAAGCACGAUCGCCUCGUACAUCGAGAGCACAGUCGCAGAGCUACAGGCUAAGAUUGCUGAUAGAGACCAAGCACUCUUAUCCAACGACGUCGAAGUAGCAGGCUGCUCAGAAGAAGUGGACGAGAAUUGCACUCGGCUUGUCGUCACUCUUUCGAAGAGGUUAGGUGUGGAUCUCGACGAGAAGGACAUAGUGUUUGCGGGACGCGUGGGUCCCAUGCGGAAGGCGGACACAGACAGCGCUCCGGGGCUUCCUCGACCACUAGUGGUGCGCCUAACUCGCCGCGCACCGAGAGACGCCUUGCUACAAGCCGCGCGCAAACGAGGCGUCAAUACAAACGAUCUUAAGCUCCCCGGACCCACUAGACCCCUAUACAUAAACGAACGGCUCACUAGACAUAACCGGCUCUUGUUUUUGAAAGUUAAAGCUUUGGCUCGUGACGCAAAGCUGAAAUACGUGUGGAUACGAGACGCAAAGAUAUUUGUGCGACAGGAGCAAGGGAAACCCAGAUACCGGAUCCACACGGAAUCUGACUUUUCAAAAUUUUUUGGAAAUCCACAUAUUUAA